CUUAGAUCCAGCAAAAAUGUGGACUCUUAAAUCUUCUGGUCGAAUUGUUGAAAAAGUAAUUUAUAAAUAUGCACAAAAUUUACCAUAUGAAUCAUAUUUACAUUCAUUUAUUAUUAAUGAAGUUGAUAAAGAAGCAGAAUCUUUAUUUCAAAAAGAAGAGUGGGAGGAAAUAUUUUCUUUUAACUUGCAAAAAGUACCAAAAAUUGAUAAAUCACUUACUGAUCUUAUGAAAAAUUAUUCUAUUACUGACUUAUCCUCAUUUCAAAAAAUCAUUUUUGAACCUUUUUUACCUGCUGAUACCUUAUAUUCCAAUAAGGAACAUUUUGAUUUAAAUUAUAUUCAUCUUGCAUACAGUAUAAUACACACACUUUGGGAAAAUGAAGAUUUCACUUUAGAUUCAUCAAGAUUAGAAGGAUGGUAUCAACAUAAUAUAUGGUGUCCCAUAAUUGAUCCUGCAUUUCGUAAUUCAAAGAUCAAUUUGGUACGAGGAGAAGGUAUGAGUACAGCAUCUAGUGAUAGAAAAAAUAAUAAAAGUUGUAAUGCAGAUCGAAAAAAAAUUGGUAGAAAAGGUGAUGGAAUUUUUAGAUUAAAGGGGGAUAGAUUAGAAAUUGGUGGAAUUGAAGCUGGAAGAAAAUGGGAGGGAAAAAAUGGAAGAAAAUACCUUCGAGAUAGUUUGAAAUUAAGUAAAAUGCUUAGGGAUAUGCUGGUACAACUUAUAAAAGAAUGUAAUGGUGAUGAACAAAUUAUUAGAAAAUUACAAACUGUUGGAAUGUUGCAUAGUGCUAACCGAUUUCAACUUCUUACCAUGGAUAUUCCAAAUGGAUAUAUAUGUCGAAUUAAACGUUUUGACAUUCAGGAAGUUGCUGGACAGAUAAAUAACCCUCCAUUAGCAUUUGUAAUAAAAGAUAUAUUAAGGGCAAAGGCAAUUAUGACACGAACAUUAGAAUUAGUGCAAGAAAAGAAAUCCAAUCUUGAUGAUCUUGAUGACUUUGAUGAUGAUGGAAAAGAAGUUAUUAGAUCAGAACAAUGUACAACUCAUCAAGCAAUUACUUUAAGUGAAACUCACAAAACUCCAUCACGAAUUUUCAAGCAAUCACUUUAA